UGCAGGCGGGGAGGUGGGGCGUGUUGUGACGUCACUGAUGUGCUGAGAAGCAAUAUGGCGGCAGACUACUGGGAGCGACAAGAAUCCUCCACACUAUCACGCUGAACCGAUCCAAAGAUAAGCCAGGUGACACGGGGGCGAAGCCUCUCGGUGUGCUUUCCACACUGGCUGGCCCGCCCCCCUCAGCUUCACGCCCCCCCCUCAUGGAGAGGAUGAGGAAGAUCAAGCGUCAACUCUCUCUCACCUUGGGGAGGGGAGGGGCCGGUGCAGGAGAUAGGACGCUGAGUGACCACCAGGAAAUGACAUCACAUAGCGACUCAGAGACAGGCGGACAUCGACCUUCAUCAGGGGGAGUAAAAAUUCGAGGAUCAUCUUCAUCGGUUCAGUCUCUUUUCCAGUCUUACAGUCGUAGACCUCGUGGUCUGGGACGCAGUCUGAGCUCAUACUUGAACCACAGCAGCAGACUUGAGAUCGUCCAUGAGGACGUCAAGAUGAGCUCAGACGGCGAAAACGAGCCCACGUCCUCCUCGGAUGAUGUCCAAAGUCCAGUUCGAGUUCGGCUGAGGACCAAGAAGAUCUCCACUGAGGACAUCAACAAACGUUUAUCCUUGCCAGCGGACAUUCGUCUUCCAGACGGUUACCUGGAGAAGUGCAAUGUGAUUGGUCCAGCUUUGUUUGAACAGCCAAUUAGCAGGCGACUACGCAGAGUCUCUUUGUCAGAGAUCGGAUUUGGCAAACUUGAGACGUAUGUCAAACUGGACAAACUGGGAGAGGGUACCUAUGCGACAGUAUACAAAGGUCGUAGUAAGCUGACAGACAACUUGGUGGCUUUGAAGGAAAUUCGUCUGGAGCAUGAAGAAGGAGCUCCGUGUACAGCAAUCAGAGAAGUGUCUCUGCUGAAGGACCUGAAACAUGCCAACAUAGUGACACUUCAUGACAUCAUACACACACAGAAGUCCCUCACACUGGUCUUUGAAUACCUGGACAAAGAUUUGAAACAGUACCUGGACGACUGUGGCAACGUCAUUCAUGUACACAAUGUCAAACUUUUCCUGUUCCAGUUACUGCGAGGUUUAUCCUACUGUCAUCGCAGGAAAGUUCUCCAUCGAGACCUCAAACCCCAAAAUCUUCUCAUCAACGAGCGAGGAGAGCUUAAACUUGCCGACUUUGGUCUGGCCCGGGCCAAGUCGAUUCCGACCAAGACGUACUCGAAUGAGGUGGUAACACUUUGGUACCGCCCACCAGACAUCCUGCUUGGCAGCACUGAUUACUCCACGCACAUUGACAUGUGGGGUGUGGGCUGUAUCUUGUAUGAGAUGACAACAGGUCGACCGUUAUUUCCUGGUUCCACAGUGGAGGAGGAGCUUCACUUCAUUUUUAAGUUGUUGGGAACGCCAACUGAAGAGAGCUGGCCUGGAAUCAGUUCCAAUGAGGAAUUUGCGGCAGCAAACUAUCCUCAAUACCCGCCUGAGAACCUGAGCGAUCACACACCCAGGCUCAGUAGUGACGGCGUCCAGCUGUUGUCAAAGUUCCUGCAGUUUGUAGGAAAGAAAAGAACUUCAGCUGACGAGGCCAUGAGUCACUGUUACUUCAGAAACCUUGGAAGCAGAGUGCGCACACUUCCUGACACCACGUCCAUUUUCACGUUGGCUGAAAUUCAACUGGAACCAGAAAAACUGAGAACAUCCGAUCAAGUAAACAGUCUGAGCAGGAGGCGGAGUCUCCUCUUCUGACAUCAUCGCUGUCAAGUGUCCAGGUGGCAAAAUGUUUUGCAUGCACACGCAAUAGUCAAUGACCAAUCAGAGGACGGGGCAUUGUUUCCAUGGCAACAGGUCUUCCAUUUUUAUGAACAUCCGCUCUGAGUGUCAUUAUAGUGUUGGUGUCAUUGAUCAUCACGGUAAAAGGGAACGGCCAACCAAUCAGCUGAAGCAAUGUGUUUUUGCAUACGACUGUAGAGCAACAUUUAUGUUUAUUACUGUAAAUAAUCACCAUACUUAUGUCCAGUUACAUAAGCCAUCAAGCAUUGGUCAUAAAGGGGGGGUCCCCUUAAGAAACUGGCUAAAAGGCAUCUGAUGAGCGAUCACACACCAAUAAGUCAACUGCAUAAACGGUCCAAUCAGCUUGCAGAAUGUCCGACACUCACGCAUCAGCUGGCGGUGUUUAUUGUUUGUAUUUUUCAUGUGAUUAUUUAUAUGAUUUUUAAAGCUUCAGGAAGUCACUCAUGUUAUAUCGGUGCUGAAGUCAUUUCAAACUGAAGAAGAAAAAUAAGACGAUUUUAUUGUUAGUGACGUAACGUGGGAGAGCCAACUUUCAUCAUGUGACUGUUGAAUGUAGUGACAUCGGCUGAGUUUACAUUUUUAUUUGCUGUGGAGAAAAGCGGAGAAAACAGAAUUUGUACCCGGCGACUGUGACGAUUUAUGUUGAACUUUUUCUUUCAUCAGCACAAAGAAGGGAAACGUUUUUAUUUUGAAACAUGUCUAAUGUGAUGCUGUUUUGCUCCUCAACUGAACUCGGAUUCUGUUUUCUCUGCUGCUUCUGUUAAUGACACCAAAGCUCUCUGCAAUAUAGCGCAAUGCAUGAUGGGAUUAUUCAAUAUUCUUCCAGCGUCUUCUCGUGUAGUACUUGCAAUAUAUUUACACCACCAAAUAUUAAAAGUUUGUAU